AUGUUAUUAAAACUAAACUCUAAGGACCUAAAGCCAGGAAUGUUAUCCACGAGGGUUCGGAGCCGAACGGUACAUGUGAUCUAAGGACAUCACCACUAACAGAAAUAAAAAGGAUAAAGAUAAGGAUAAGGAGAGAAGAGUUUGUAGAGCCAUGGAUACCAAGUUGGAGGCACGUGGCCAGUUUCCGGCAUCGUUUCCGGACACGUUCAAGAACUUCUUUGCGAUGAUGAACGAAGACGAGGAUCAUGUGGGGCUGUUUGCCAACCUGCUGGAGGAUAAGGUGAUUCCGCGACAAAACAGCCCCGUGCAGCCGCAACGUCAGCGGUACGGCGGUAGUAUGCGGAGUCACAGCGGCGGAGAUCGACGGGAUCGGGAUCGAGAUCGAGAUCGUGCCGAACGGCAUUAUCAUCAGCAAAACCAGAGUCAGCAGCAGCAACAACAACAGCCGAGUUCCCAGCAGCGUGCUUUUCAUUCGCGCAACCGCAGCGGCAGUGGGAGCAGCGUUGAUCUCUAUGCCAGCCGGAAUGUGAGUUUUUCCAGCACAUCCACAAACCGGGUCAAUUCGCUGCGAAGAAACCGAUCGCGAGGAUCCCUGACCCUGAGCAGCAAUGGGCUAAAUGCUUUGGGCUUGGGACCCGUAACCCUGGCGCCAAAUGUGAGCUCCAGCAGCAGUGGCAGUGUGCUGGACUUGACCCUGCCGGGUGCCAAUGUUGCUGGAGGAUCAGGGGGUGCGAGUGGAUCGGGUAGGGGAGGUGGGGCAGGUGGAUCGGGUGGUGCGGGUGGCAGUACCAGUACCCAGAAUAAGUACGCAUCAUCCACGAAAUUGAACCUUAAGCCGGCUUUGAAACAACCAAAGCCACCGGCUGAUCAAUGCUGCGCCCUUUUUCUGGGCAACGAUGGCGAAUUGCUGUGCAAUCACAUCAAGUACUGCAGCCUGCACCACGAUCCCUCCACCGAUGGCCCCCAGCAGCAGCUGCUGCUGUUCAAGCAUCAGCAAUUAUCAGCCAAUCCAAAUCCCGGCCAGAAACACGUCACCUUGCCCUGUUGCGAGUGCGUUUGCGGCCGUGGCAAAGCUCCACGAUCCGGACCCGAUGGCGAGGACAAUUGUGGGGCGAACUACCCAAAGGGUUAUGCCGUCGGCGGCUAUAUGCUACCGCCAACACCAAAGGUCAAGUUGGACAAGACGAGCACCAUAACGUCCGUCGAAUUGGCGGCCUCCAAGAACAAGGAUUUGCAGGAGCGACAGGAGCGGCAGGAGAAGCGCGGAUCGGUCAUACUCGAAAGGGCCUUCGAUUUCGAUACCAGCUGCGAUGAGAGCGACAGCAUUAGCAGCAGCACCCCGGGUCCAGUGCCCUCGCCAGCUCCCCACCAGCUGGCCUACAAUGUCCUCAAGCCGAUCCUCAAGCAGCCGCAGCUGCAGCAGAAGCAGAAGCAGAAGCCUAUGUUGCAGCAGCCACAUCAACAUCAACUGGUUGCCCACCAGCAAAUUCAGCAGGCGGCGGAUCAGCAUUAUCAAGCAAUUGCCCAUCAGCAACACCAAGCUGUGAUCCAGCAGCAGUACCAACAGGUUAGCUUACAGCAACACCAACAACAAGUGCUGAUCCAUCAGCCGCACCAGCAGCACCAGCAGGUGAGCCAAGAGCAACACCCACUAGUCAGCCAUCAGCAGCAACAGUCACAGCCCCAGGUGAUCCAUCAGCAACCCAUGUUGCAGGUGCCACUUCCGCCCACCACCCCGCAGGUGCACCACCGCUUGCUGCCCACUCCGCCCACCCACAGCGGCUUGGGGGCGUACCACACGCGCAAGACGGCCUUGCAAAGGGUGCAGCAGCAGAGCGGCUUCUACAACCAGGGCCCCAGCACCUCGGCAUCGGCCUACGGCUAUGGCCCGUCCAUGGAACAGCAGCAACAGCAGCAACAGCAACAGCAGCAGCAACAGCAGCAGCAGCAACAGCAGAAACAGCAGCAACAGCAGCAGCAACAGCAGCAGCAGAUGCAGCAACAGUACCAGUACGAUCAGCAUCAGGAUCUGCAGUUCGAGCAGCAUCAACCACUUCAGCAACAUCAGCAACAUCAGCCGCAUCAGCAACACCAUCAAUUUCAGCCGUAUCAGCAACAACAACCGUAUGCGGACGAUACCGAGUUGGAUUACGAUUCGGAGUGGGAAAUGGACGAGGAACCGGCCCCUCAAGAGGUCCAACCCCUCACCACCUUCAACGACUUUCUCAACGCGGCCCAGAAUCCAACUGGAAGUCGUCAGAGUCUGCGGGCCCAGAAGUCCCCUAUUUUGAACAGGCGUCGCGCCUCAUCGAUAGCUGGAAAUUUGUUGCACUCUGACUAUACGUACACCCGGAACAGUAUCGGCGGAGCUCCAAUUGAUGCUAACGACUUUCAGCGCAUUUCGCACAGCAAUAGCGCCAGGGAUCGCAUGUCUCUGGCCGGAGUCCUGACCUUCCACCAGGCCAUGUCCGGAGCUGUGUCGCCACAAUACGGCACCGUGGGUUCGCUAAAUCCGCCGAAUACUUCCGGUGGCUCCGGCGAAAAGCGGACGGAUGGUGGUUUACCCGGAGGAUCGGCCCACAAUCUUAAUGUGAACGUGGGAUUGGGGUUUCUCGGUGGAUCAAGUACCACCUUAGCUGCUGUCGCCGAGGUGACUAGUGGUCCGGAUGGUAAUGGCGACUCCACCGACUCUAUAUCCCCGGUCUCGAUGAUCCCCAGCAAACAGCAACAGCAGCAGCAGCAACUGCUGCAGUUGCAGCAGGAGCAGCAGCACUUGCCCACCCAUUUGCCAAUGAAGCGGGAGAGGGGCGUGGGCGAAUCCUCCGGAGCCAGCACAUCCGGCACGGCCAUCACCGAUCUGGCCGCCUCCGUGGUCUUGGCCUCCCAAUCCGGCAAACCAUUGACGGAGCGACAACGUUUGAGGACCUCCAGCAUGCCGGCGGAAAGCCGCAGGCCCCGCUUGGCAGAGAUGCGACGCUCGGCGAUCCAUGCCGGUGAUCCGGACAUGACCUACUACCGUCUGCGCAGCUUCAGCAUCACUUCCAAUGGCAUCUGCAACUUGGGCGAUUCUUUAAGAAGCCGCAGGUCACGUUCGAUCAAUUCCGUGACAUCCACGGGCACUUCAAACAGCGGCGUUGCGGAUCGACACAAUAGCAACGCAUCGGGGGCAUCGGGCGAAGUCAUCGACGGGGAUCCGAAUGUUCCUGCCUACAAGAUUGCCAUGCUCGGCGGCUCCGGAGUGGGCAAAACCACAUUGACAUACCAGUUCACCACUUCCGAUUACAUAUGCGCCUACGACCUGAGUCUCGAUGAUGAAUAUGGACAGAAGACGGUGUCGGUGCUAGUCGAUAACAUUGAAACGGAUUUGGAGAUUAUUGAUCAUCCCGCAUGCGAGAUGUCGACGGAGGCCUUCUGUGCCACCUACAACAUCGACCUCUUCGUGGUGGUCUAUUCGGUGAUAGAUCGAACCACCUUCGCCGCAGCCGAGCGGGUGCUGCAGUACCUCAAGGAGAACGAGAUGCUCUUGACCCGCGGAGCUAUUUUGGUGGCCAACAAAACGGAUCUGCAGCGCCAUCGAGUUAUCACCCGUCAAAUGGGUCGCAAGGUGGCCAAGGAUAUUGCUUGCAAAUUUAUCGAGACCUCCUCUGGAUUGGAUCACAAUGUGGACGAGCUGCUGGUUGGCAUUGUGGCCCAGGUGAAGCUCAAUCCGCAGCGCUUGCGAUUGCUCACGGAACUGGAGCUGCAGCGUUUGAACCUACAGAGUACGAUUCAGAAGCAUCGUGGUAUGCACUUGCAGUCACGUCGAAUGGUGCGCCAGAUGAGCAUUUGCCAGGGCGACGAGGAGAUCUUCGAUGGCGGAUUGCCGGACAAAUUGCCGAACGGCGACGCCAACGACAAGGACAACAACGAUCCGGACGGAGUGGCGGGUACCUCGAAAUCGAAAUCCAAAUCGAAUCGAUCCCGCAUCGAGAAUCCCAAUCGCAAGCCGCUCAACCUGGAGAGCAUACUGAAGAUGGGCGAGAGCGAGGUGGACGAGGACGAGGAUGGGCUGAAGCACUCCUCGACGCAAUCGAUGCCCGUUGGCAAAUUCAAUAUGCUCGCGGCCACUAUUCGUCAUCGGCGUCCAUUUCGCAAGCGUCGCUCGUUCGACGGCGGCGUUUCCACAUCUGCGGCAGCGGAUGCGGCCGCCGAACUACAGCGGCGCCAUCAGCUCCGAACCAUGGAUGACUUGCAGCUGGAGGCGGGGCGCCAGCAGAGGAUCUCCUCGGAGGACGAGCGGAUAGCGGAUGAUGAUGAUGAUGAUGGCAACGACGAUGGCAUUGAAGUGGGUUUCGAGGGAAGGCGAAGUACCUGCAAUCGCAAGGUGGUCAAGAAACUGACCGCCCGCACCAAGGUAUUCAUCUCGUCGGUGCUGCGGUUCAAGAAGGGCAUCAGCCUCAAGCGCCGCAACUCCUCCAGCUGCAGCGAUCUAUUUGUGAUUUAAACGGCAGCCAGGAGGAGCAAGUAUAGGAAGUAGGAAGUAGGAUGUAGGAAGUAUAGACUGAAUGUAUAUAGAAGGACAAGGGGGAGGACAAAAAGGAGGAGCAGGAGGAGCGAUUCUAGGAGAUCCGGAGGAGUACCAGAGACCAAGAGAGCAGUCACAACGAAGCAGCAGCGCAUAACCGAGGUGGAGUCGAACACGGCAGUGCACGGAUUGCACGGAGUGCAGGGUUCAAAGGGCACCAGCUUAUGAGGCAGUUCGUCAGUUCAUUUCCAUUUAAGAUUAUGCCACACAAAAACUACAGGGACAAGAGCCGUGGUAAAGAUCACAUUUUAAUUGGCCACAAGCGGUCAUGCAAAAGCGACCUAGAGUUUACAAAUCACUUCAAAUGGUAGUGAUUGUAUAUCUCUAGUGAAGACUCUUAAUAAACGACAAAAGCUAUGGCCAAAAGGAACCGCAAGAGUUUCAAUAUCACUUAAAAAGCUGUCAAAAAGUAGGCUUUACAAAGUAGUUAUCCUUGCGACUUUCGCCUAGAAAAUAUAACAUAGCCGACUUUUGGACAAUUUUAUAAGUGAUUUCUUUCUAGAUAACUCUGUGGUAAAAUCAGCAUAAGCAGAAGCUUAGUCACCACAUUAGCAAAAAAAAAUAAUAAUAAAACUAAUAACAAAUAAAAAGAUAAAAAAAAAAACCCACCCUUUUCACAACCGGUAGGUGGCGCUGCACAUGCGGACAAUAAUUUUCUUUUUGAAAAAAUAUAUCGAUCAGCAAAUUUUACAAAAUUGAAAAUCAAAAAAAAAGAAGAGGAUUAAUGCAAAUUGUAUCCUAUCCGCCAAAAAAAAAUUAAUAAUGCAGCAAAAAGAAAAAAAAAAAAACAACAACAAAAAAUUGGUCUAUUUCAGCUUAAGUGGCACAUACUUUUGUAGAAACAGAAAAUAUCUUGCAAGGCAAAAUAUAACGAGAUACGACAGCAAACAUAAUUCUGUUUUUUCGUGGUUUCUUGUCAUAAUUAAACGUGCGGUUUCCCGGCGAGUUUCAAGUAUGUAUGAAUGGGCUUUAUUAAAUCAAGAAUAGCAAGAAACAUGAAAAAACUGUGCAAAAAUGGAAACUUUUUCUUGACAAGCAACAAAAAAAAAAACAGGCUCAGAACACAAAGAACAAAAAGCAAACUAAAAGCAUUGCAAAUUGCUCCACACAAUUGCAAUUUUUACAAUCGUUUUUAUGCUGGCGCGCUUUUUAAUGAAAUUCGAUUUCAUGUCGCCAACGGUCCAGCUUAAAUGCUCAAAUAUUAAACAUUAACAAUAUUGGAUACAUUUAAAUAGUUUCCCUCUUUGACUUACAUUUCUUUGUGAUAGUCUUGUAUUUGAUUAUUUUGUAAAGACCUUCCAUUAUUGUAGGAAUAUAUAGUUUUUCCCUAACCAACUAUAAAUGCAAUGUGAGAGCUUUUUGUGGAAUUUGCACCUUUACGCUGCUCGUUUGGCUUUUGCUAAACUACGUUAUAGUAAAAAACAUAAUUGUCUAGCGCCGUAACUAAGAACCAUUUUUAAGGCGCUUUUAUCCAAAAAAAACAUUAAUAUUUUACACUUCUAAAUGUCGUGUGGUUAAAGAAUAUCGAAAACACAGCACUACAAUUCACUAAAACAGAACGGAAGGUACAAACAAGAAAAGAUCAUUGAUAUGUAUCAGGUCAGCCCGAUUUCUAGGUUUCUCAUAUUGCAAAACUAAUAUAUAUUCUAUGAAAAAAAUGUAUGAGCUUAGUUGGUAAAAAAAACCUUCAACUACCGUGAAAUAUAUGGGACAAACAAACAAAACUUGUAACUUUUUUAGCCCUGUAAAUCACAUAGGUUGAAACACUUGAAUCCAGAGAAAUAGAAAACGUUUUCAAGAAGGCAUACAAUUGGUCUGAUCUGAGGUUAACUGCAAAAGACACGCAACACAACACGCAUAAUAUUCUAUAUUAAGAACUUAUCAAUGUAUCAAGCGACCGCAUAAAGCAAAAUCAGAGAAAAUCGCAUCUAUUAAUAUCAAUUAAAAUCUCUGAGAACAUGGUAGAAUGGUAAAUGUUACCUCCACACCCCCAAAGUAUAAUGAGCUUAGCCAAAGCCUGCAAUUCUGUCCUAAAGCUAAAAAAAAUAAAAUACCAUGAAAAUAUGAAUGCAGGAAAAUUCUUAGCGGCUACCAACAUAUCACAAACUAAGACAAAUUAAACAGGCUACGGAUAUAAAAGGUUCUCUAGCAGAGGAAUAAUUUACAUAUUAUAAUUAAUUAAAAAAGACAAUGAGCAUAAUUUAAUAGUUUGUAAUUACAGUUCUUAAUUUUUCUUUUAAUGAAACUCUUACUUGUUUUCCAUAUCUAUUUCUGAUUGGAUUUUUUGGUUUUGAAUAAAAGGAUUUAAUUUGUAUAUUUAAU